AUGGACGAAGAGAAACACAUGAGUCAUUCUCGAUUUGAUAAUAACGCACAGAUUAAAACCAGCGACGUUUACAAAGUGGACAGAAAUUUGCCUAAACGUUUUAACAACCCGGAUUGCUUUCAAGGCUACAGUAAGAAGGUGAAGCACCCUUUCUACCAAACAACAAACCAAACAUAUGGUAGCAAAAGGCCCACAGUACAUGAGAUGCCGACGACUUUUAACGGAACUUAUCGGAAGUUCUCGGAGCACCUUCUCAAAAGCGGCAUGUACAGAGACAACGGUUUUAACACUGCCACAGAUAAGAGUCGAAUCUGUGGCCCCAACACGAUCGCCAUGUUUCACGACAGAAUCAAUUUUCACUAUUCUUACCACGUUGAUGGGAACAGCCAGUCUGAGUGA